CUUCUUUCAAUGCUCCAAAUCCCACCUGAACAAUCUCUCAUGCGACCUACUUGAGGUAGACCAACAAAGAGAAGGUUUGUCAAUUUUGGGAGAAAAGAAGAUGGAUAGGCUUAUAAGUCUGGAGCCUUCAAAUCUUGUGGCAAUCAGGAUUGAACCAGGGCAGAAAUGUUAUGGAGAGCUCACACUGAGGAACGUUAUGUACACAAUGCCUGUGGCAUUCAGAGUUCAACCGAUGAACAAGGCCCGUUACACAGCGAAGCCACAGUCAGGAAUCAUAUCACCACUUGCAACACUGACUGUGGAGAUUGUGUAUCAGCUCCCAGUGGGGUCGAAUCUUCCUGAUUCUUUCCCUCACAGCGAUGAUUCUUUUCUUUUGCAUAGCGUUGUGGUUCCUGGUGCAGCAAUAAAAGAUGCGAAAUCAACUUUUGAUGCGGUUCCAAAUGACUGGUUCACUACCAGGAAGAAACAAGUGUUUAUCGAUAGUGGGAUCAAGAUCAUGUUUGUUGGCUCACCUGUUUUGGUUCAACUCGUUCUGGAUGGAGCAAUGGAUGAGAUAAGAGAAGUUCUUGAACGGAGUGACCCGGCUUGGAACCCGGUUGGUUCAGUAGAUUCACAUGGGCAGACUUUGCUUCAUAUUGCUAUAGCUCAAAGCCGGCCUGAUAUUGUUCAACUCCUCCUUGAGUUUCAACCGGAUGUUGAGUCUCAUAUCCAGUCCGGUUGUAGUCCACUCGAGGCCGCAGCGGCUGCUGGUGAAGCGCUGAUCGUUGAGCUUCUAUUAGCGAGAAAAGCCAGUACAGAAAGGUCAGAAACUUCUACUUGGGGGCCAAUACACUUGGCCUUGGGAGGCGGCCAUUUAGAGGUACUGAGACUUCUGUUACUUAAAGGUGCCAAUGUUGACGCCCUUACAAAAGACGGAAACACAGCUUUGCAUCUUGCAGUCGAAGAGAGAAGAAAAGAUUGUGCGCGGCUUUUAUUAGCAAACGGGGCCAAGACUGAUAUUCGCAACACUAGAUAUGGCGACACGCCCUUGCAUAUGGCAGCAGGGUUGGGAGAUGAACAGAUGGUGAAGCUCUUAUUGCAGAAAGGUGCCAACAAAGACAUCCGAAACAAAAAUGGCAAAACCCCGUAUGAUGUUGCCGCUGAUUAUGGGCAUACUCGUCUCUACGAUGCGUUGAGGCUCGGUGACAGCCUCUGCGUUGCUGCCAGAAAUGGUGAAAUUAGAACAGUUCAAAAACUGUUAGAAAAUGGAGCUAUGAUAAAUGGAAAAGAUCAACAUGGAUGGACUGCGCUACACAGAGCUUCAUUCAAGGGGAAGAUAGAAGUUGUGAGGAUGCUACUUGAUAAGGGAAUCGACAUAGAUGCCAAAGAUGAAGACGGCUACACAGCUUUGCAUUGUGCAGUGGAAUCAGGACAGACAGAUGUUACAGAACUGUUGGUAAAAAAAGGGGUCGAUGUUGAAGCAAGAACCAGCAAGGGCGUUACGCCAUUACAGAUUGCUGAAUCUCUGCACUAUGUAGGCAUUACAAGAAUACUGAUUCACGGUGCAGCGACAAAAGAUGGGGCUAUAAUCGCAUAUGGGUCAAAUGGGAAGAUGGGAAAAGAAGUAAUGGAGAGUAAAGGAAUGAAGAAGAAACCGCCGAGGCCAAGAGCCAUGCGUAGGAGUUUCGAUCGAUCCAUGCCCCUGGCAGUUCUUUAGCUGCUGCUGAUGAGAGUUUUCUUCUUGUUUUUCUUCUUCGUGAAAUUAAACUUAGAACAGAAGAUAAUUCUUUUUGUUUCGGACGAUUAAUGAAGGAACAAAUGUAGAUCAUUCAAAUAUGUUCAUUCUAUAAUCUAGCUUAUAUAAAUACACACAACUUGUCAUUAUAUAUCUUUCUUGGUCAAAAAAGUGUAACAUAUGUUGUAUCAAUAAAACUGUAAUUAGCUUGCUUAGAAUAUUCUUUAGUACUGUUGAAAGUUUUACGUAUCAUGUUGAAUUUCUUGGAUUUUGAGCUA